AUGGCGGAUGCCCAAACCGAACUGGAAUCACUUCACCAACGAAUACUAAACCAUGAACUAGACCAAGAAGACUGGAAACGAGCAAUGAUAUCACUGGAUGAAAAGACACGAGACAUUUCGUGUAGAAUGGACAAACAAACCACCAAAACACUAGUGGACGUCAUGAAACUCUUUACAGAGUUCUCAGGUGCUGGAGCAUCGCUCGCUGAUGUGGUUGCUCAUCCACCAACCAGAAAGGAAAAGUGGUUUAUUGGACACAUACGGAGUCUCCUGAUGCCUCAACAUGACAUGCCAGAUCAAGAACUGGUCGAAUCAGUCAUGUCACAGUUUGGGAUAAGUAUGGUGCAAUUCUCUGAUGCUUACAUGGAGGAACUCUUUGAGGCAUUACGGCGUGCGCUGGCUGAUAUUGGGAAUGACAACAUCAAGUACGAGGACAUUCGAGACAACGCAAACGCCUUAUUUCAAAUAGCUGCAAGCUUAGAAAAGGCUCUAUCAUGA